AUGGAGAUCUCAUCGGCUCGAAGGCAUAAGUUUGGGGCCAAGGGUUGGAGCUUCGAUGAUAUUCGUAAUCCGAAUGAAGAGGACGAUGAUGCGGAAGAGGAAAAAGCAACGACUGAAGCGAAGGCUGCCAGUGAAAGAGAAUCAGCAGCUGAGGCAGAAGAACCAUCACCUGAAGAAGGGCCACCAGCUGAACCAACAAGUUCUCGGGAAGGAGAGGACACAGCUCGGGUGAAACGGAGUUAUACUCAUGGUGGAGAUAUUGACAGAGCUGCCGACCCACAGGACUUCCCUGAGCGUCCCGACUCCCGCCAUGGAGGGUCUCGAUCCUUGCGGAGUAUUCGGACGUUCGCCGGAGAGCCUCAGCAAGCUACUGAUCAGACCCCGCUGAAGGUUGAAGUGCCAGAGGUAUCGCACUCCCCUGAUGCUGCUGCUGAUGAGCAGUCCGUUGAUACAGCAGGAGAGGAGCGAGCUCCAGCUGGUCCAGUCGCAGCCUCCGAGGCUGAAGAAUUACAGCAGUUCAUGGCAGACGAACUGAGCCCAGCGGAGUCGUUCACAGUAUGUUGCAACUUGGACAAGUCGUUGUCAGUAUCUACCCAGGACACUUUCGAAGAGGAUCAACCCGACUCCCCAUUAUCUGAAUCAAUGCCAUCAGUAGACGAUGGCAUGGUAGAGGAGGAGGCUCCAACUGGCGCGCUGGCAGCCCCUCAGACUGAAGAUCCAGAACUCAUGACAGAUCAGCUAAUGUCAGAGGAACCGAGUCUAGCGGAGCCGCUCACCGUAGGUUACAUCCCUCUCAUGUCAUAG